AUGAGCUUAUACGCAAAUGACGUCAAUUUUGGCCAAGUAGCAGAUGAGCUGCUCGCAGAUGUCAGAAGGCAUGUGAAUCAGCUGCACGAACGUUUGGGAGAGGCCGAUGAGCUUCUCAGUCAGUCUCACGCGGUCAGCGAGAAGAUCGAGGUGAUGAAGGUGGUAGGUUCAUUCUCUUCUAUUUUGUUUUCGAUUUUUAGAUAACGUGUCCUAUACUGAUCGUCUCUUCUUUUAGUACAACAACGAGACAAGCGCUUUCAAUUCAUGUUUUCGCAAUAAAGAUCGAGGAGAUUUGGUUCGGUCUCUACAGCAUGAAAAUCGUGAGAUUUUAAACCUGCAAGAGGAAAAUAGACAGCUAAAACAAACACUUGAGGAUGUACAACACGGAAUGACUCUUCUUAUGGAGAAGCAUCGGAAGGUCAUUCGAGAUAUGAGCCGUUCUGACGAUCUUGUGCAAAUUGUCAGAGAUCACUACAUUAAUGUAAGCUGGAGCAAUUUUGAGUGACGGAUCAGUGUAGUUUUGUUGUAGCAGAUCGUAAAUUCAGUUAUCUGGUAUUUACAUUCAUUUAUCACGGGGUUUUAUGACUAAAUUCGUUGUGAUUUUAAAAAUUAGAUUAGAUGUCAUGAUUAAUAUAAUUUUUGCAGAAUAACAGUGAGAAGAAAUAUGAACGUCGUUUCUAUGAGUUUGCAGACCUCACUUCGGGUAUUUUGAAGAAGCUGGAAGAACAGCAUGUCAAGGAUGUUGAGGUGGGUAUCAUUUUUAAUAUUUUUUUUCUUGGUUUAGGUGAUCAAUAAAAGAUAAGUCAAAAUCAGCUCCAAAAAUCUUCAUCAGCCUAUAAAAACAUUAUUUUCAGAAGAUGUCGGAGAUUUGUGCCGAAAACAAAUACCUCAGGGCGUGUUUGGCGGCCCGCGGCGCUCUUGUUCCCGGCGUGAACGCCAAACAAGACGGCACCCCGUUGGAACUGAAAGGUAUUAUCCCGAUUGUAAUGAUUUUUGAUUUCAACUUUAGCUGAAGCCUCCCGACAUCCAUACCGACCAAUCACGAAACGAUUAGACGAUCAGUCCAAAGGAAAUAAUGGUGAGGAAGAGUCGAAUGGCGAGGACGACCAUCGAGGAGCCCGAAGGAAGAGCUCCUCCGAAAACGGAAACAUGCGAAGCGCCAACCUGUAA